GCCUCAGACGCACGGAAAGGCGUGCCUCGGAUUGCGCUUAAAUUUAAGUGUGCAGCGGCGAAGGACACACUUCGUCGUGGAUUUUACACUCAGCGGGAGCCUCCGGAGCUCACGCAGCUGUUUAUUCGGAUCUGAUUUCACCCCGCUGACAUCCACACAUCGACGUUUGUGCUGAUUUUGAACCUUUUUUUUUCGGGCGGGAAUUGUGCCACAUUGGAGUUUUCCGGCGCGCGUCAGCGGACGGUCCGACAGUCAGCCCACACACGCGAGUUCAGCCUCUCCCUGAAGGCUUCUUCAUGGCAUGACCGAGACAUAAACAGCUGGUGCGUGUGUGUGUGUGUAGCCUGUCUUUUUUUUUUUUUUUUUUUUAAACAAAUCAACCGGUGUGUGGAGAGCCGGUUACCAGGAGGCAGCGCGCACAGAACCGAUCCUUCUGAUGCGGAUGUGCCAUACUUUGGCAGGUUGUUUUAUGGAUCAAACUGGAGCUUCUCUGUCGCAUGGAGGCAGUUUGAGGAGUUAAAAGUUUUAAUUGUUUGUUUCUUGAUCGAGUCUUUCCCCCCGCGGCACCGAUGAUGACUGAGAACAACGAGAUGGAGACCGAGUCGCAGCUCCAGCGCUCUCCAAGCACCAUGUCCAUCCAGCCCGUGUCAUCCAAGCUGCAGAGGCUGAAGCGCUCGCUGUCCUUUAAGACGAUGAUGCGCAGUAAGAGCGUGGAGAACUUCUUCCAGAGGUCCUACAGCGACGCCCGGCUGCCUCCAGACUUCAUCACCGACCCGCCGCCUCCGUCCCCUCCUCUGCUGCCCGGUUCUCCCGUCGUCGGAGAACGUUCUCCGUCCAUCUCGCCGUCCCUCAGCCCCAACCCGUCCAUCGCCUCCCACUCUCCGUCCCUCAGUCUGUCCCCGUCACUGCCCUCCAAACCGGCCCGGCCUCAGGUCAACCACUGCUUCCAGGACCACGUGUUCAGGAAGCCCACCAACUGCCAGCACUGCAAGCACAUGAUAGUGGGAAACUCCAAACAAGCUCUGCGCUGUAAAACCUGCAAGAUGGCGGCUCACCUGUGGUGCACCUCCGAGCUGUCGCAGCAGCUGUGUCACGGGAAGUCUGGAGCGUUCAAGCGAAACUUCAGCUCGCCGAUGCUCGUCAACGAACAAUUGGCCGUCGUCAAGGAAGUUCAGCCGAUCCAAGAGGCGGUGCAGAGGCGGGUCGACCCGGUCUACGCCGCCCUGCGAUACGGGACGUCCUUGGCACAGAUGAGCCGCUCCAGUUUUGGCAGUUUGUCAGAAUCGCCGACCCGCAGCCUGGGGGAGGCGGGUGAGGAGAGGCCGCCGAGGCAGAGCAGCAUGGACGAGGAGAUAAGUCACGAACCGGGAGAGCUUCCUGCAGCCGAGACGGAGAUGGAAAAGGAGGAAGAGGAGGCCGCAGAGCAAAGUCUUCCUCCUGCAGACGAGAACAGUGUGAAGGUCCCAAAGAGGAUUGAAGUCCACUCCAUCCACACCUAUGUGGCGCUCUACAGGUUCCUGCCUCAGGAGCAGAACGACCUGGAACUGCACCCCGGCGACCGGGUUCAGGUCACUGACGACUCUAAUGAAGAAUGGUGGAAGGGUAAAAGUGGAGACAGAGUCGGCUUCUUUCCAGCUAACUUUGUUCAGAGAGUCCGACCAGGAGAAAGAGUGUGGAGGGUGAUCCAGGGGGUUUCUGGUAGCCGAGGCAGAGGUCACAUGGCUGUCAGGGAAUCACAGAUUUGUGUGGGGAAACGGGAGGAUGGUGAAGUGUUUCUGAAGCUGAGCAGCGGGAAGAAGAGAGGCCUGGUCCCUGCCGACUCCAUAGAGGAGAUCUGAGUGUUUGAUUUCAUCCCAGAGGAUGCAGGAAUCUUCGGAAAACCACCACCAAAACGUCAACUUCCUGACAGCCACCGCUGCUCCAGAUGAUCAUACGAACCAGUCGGUUGUUUAAUAGAGUGUACAGUCCUGCUUUUUAGAGAGAGCUGGUCAGUUUUAUCUUUUCAGACUCGGUAAAUCGAUGUUUAGAUAGGGAAACAAAAGGUGAAGAUGCGUCAAAACGCGUCACUGGAUUGAGUUUUUCCUCUUCAAAAAGACGUCUGCCAGCAUGGGAGGAGGUUGAAUCCUGUCAGCGUCCUUCUUUUUUCUUGUUUUCUACCCGUAUCGGCUCACUUUCAGGGCCUCUGCCCGGAGGACUGAUAUCAGCUCCAUGUGGAUUCGCUGUGCAACAAGAGGCUCUUUGCCAAGAACAAGCACUGCCAGCCGAGGAAAAGCUGAAAUCACAUGAAAGACGUUCGUGAAAGACGGGAUUUUUCUGGUCCUUGCCGUCUUUUUCCUGUGUAAAAUAAGCUUCUAAUUCUGGAGGAAACUUUGCUUCACACACAGACUCGACCAAUCAAACUUUUGAACUCCCAGGGAUUGCUUGAAUUUUUUUCUCUGUUUUAAAGAAACAUCGUAGUCGAUUAAAUUUCAGUGUGAGUUGUGUGUUUAAAAUGCAGCGGUGAUUGUUUAGGGUUUUGUAUUUUGUCGUGUUGUUGUCUCACCGGAAGGAAAACUGGGAGAUUUGUUCAUGAAAAAUCAAUCAGUGCCUCCAGUCGGACUCCUCGGAAUCAGAGGAUUUUUUUACGUGCAGUAAUUUUAGUAGAUUUAAUGAAGACAUGCAAAGUUUUACCUUCAUAGUAUUAAUAUUUUCAGAGUUAAAGGCUGAAAUUUUGCACAUUUAAAUGGACUUUUCCCCUCAUUACUUCAUCAGUACAGCAGAUAGACACUUGAAACUUUCAGGGCUGAAAAACACAUUUAAAUUCUGGUAAAAACUGCAGCUAAAUCAAUUUUAUAUCCAUCCAGGUGUCUCUGCCUAAACACUAUAUUAUUUUUUUUUUACAAACAACUUUGAGCAUCAAUAUUAUGGGAUAUAUUAUGGUUUCAUGUCAGAAAAAGACACGGAAAACUAUCUAGACACAAAGCAAUAAAACCAAAACACAAAACAAGAAAACUGAGACAGAAUUAGACACAUAACACCAAAAAUUAAACAGAAAACAAGAAAAAUGAGACACAAAAUGACAAAAACAACAAACAAAAUGACCACGACAAGAUGACGAGCACAAAGCAACAAAAAACUACACAAAAUGAAAGAAGGAAGAAAGAAAAAGGUCCGACAGUAGUGUCUGACUGCAAAAUUAUACAAAUUUAUUGUACUUAAAUCAGCGAAAAAUAUAAUUUUACAGAUAUUUGCCAUUAUUUUUACAUUUUUUAAAAACAUUUUUCUGUCUCCUUUUCUUCUAGAUUUUGACCAUUUUUGUUUUAAUGGGAUUUUCUUUUAGUGAGCAAAAUCUUCAGUGAUAUUAAUGCUCAAAAUUGGCACAAACAACAGAUUUAGUUUUCAGAUUGUGACACCUGGAGUGGAUUUACAACUGAUCUGGUUGCAGUUUUUAACAGAACUCAAAUGUGUUUCUCAGCCCUGGAAAUCAAAUGUACUUCUAGACUCUAAAAUGGUGAAAAAAAUAAUUAAAAAACAUCACAUUUCUGACUACCUUUAUGUACUUUAAGGGUCUGUAAGUCUGAAAAUAUUCAUAGCACAAAGGUAAAAAUUUCCACGGUUUCAUUAAAUCUGCUAAUGUUGUGGGUAAGAAACCAGCUGAUUCUGAGGGAAAGCUUUUUAGAUUUGGUUGAUUUUUAGGAGGCUCUUGCGAGGAAAAACUGUCAGCUUGUUACAAGUAAAAGAAGCUGUUCUCCUGUUUUCUUUGUAAAGUGACUGAUUUCUGCAGACAUCCGCUGAAGUGAAGCUGAAACAGCGGGAAACAAAGUGCAGCCUGGAAAACAACAACACCGUGGGGGAGGAUUCGGACCAUGACCAGGAUUUUAAGUUCCGCCGACAGCUUCAGGAGGGAGACGAGGAGGAAGAGGAAGAUGAGCAGCGAGAGCAUUGCGGUUCAUGCAGGUACGAGUCGGCAUCGAUCACAUGCCGUCUUUUACUCCGUUUGGCCUUCCUUGUCCUCUUGUUAUCCAUGUGGCUGGCCGGCUCUGACAGGAACUGAAGACUUUUUUAUCCUUGUGUAUCUCCUGACUCACUCCUUCAUUAAUUCUAAUAAAUUUGAAGCAUUAUUUUUAUUUAAAAGUAAAGGGGGAUGCAUGCAUUUCUGCAGAAAGCAUCGUUAGAGUGAUAAAUUAUAUAAUUAAUUAAGUUAGACUGAUAAGCUUCCCUUCUUAUUACAACAAGAACAGCACUUAUUUUCUGUCAUCUUGAGUAAGUUGUAGUUUUCUUGAGGUAGCUCCUUCCUAAUGACGAUAAUAAAAACAAGAAUAAACGAGCAGAACUGGA